AGGGAGGGUGUGGCCCAGGCAAAGCUCCUGCCUGUCCCUCCUCCAGGCUGCCCCUGGUGACAAGGCAGGGAACCCAUGCUGAGCUCUCUGCACACAGCCCCAGUCAGGGAGCUGAAAGCCGAAGACAUGAACAAGGUCUUCCCCGAGGGAGAGAAUGGCCGCAUUGCUGCUGGACCCAAGGCCCUCCCUGGAGGGGAAGCAGGCUGCGGCCCCCUCUGCUGCUCGCGCCGCGGGGCCUGCCUCUCUGCCUUUCUGCUGCUCCUCCUGGCAACUCUGGCCGCCCUCAUCGCCUUGGUCACCACACUCGGACUCCCAUCACGAACCCCAGGAGCCCAAGCUUGUACAACACUGACAAACAGGACGGGCUUCUUGUGCCGUGACCAGAGGAGCUGCAUUCCAGCCAGUGGGGUCUGUGAUGGCGUUCGCACCUGUACCCAUGGUGAGGAUGAAGAUGAGAGCUUGUGCCGAGAUGUGCCCCACAGCCUCCCCCGCUUCCUCGUGGCCCACUGUGGAGACCCAGCCUCUUGGAUCUACUCAGACCAAAAAUGUGAUGGGACCAACAACUGCGGGGACUGCUCAGAUGAACUGAGCCCAGUGACGGUGUGCCCACUCUGUGGCCCUGGGUGGUGGCCCUGUCCUUCAACUGUCUUCAAGUACUGCGGCUGUAUCCCGAGGCGUCUCUGCCGCGACCACGUACAGCACUGCUCCGACUGGUCGGAUGAGUACGCCUGUCCUGGACCCUGAGUGGGCCGCUCAGGCCAGCAUGGAAGGCCGGCUGGAACGGCGCUGAUAACCCUUCACAUGAAAAUCGAAUCCUAGGCCAGGUGUGCUGGCUCACACUUGUAAUCCCAGCACUUUGGGAGGCCGAGAUGGGCAGAUGACAAGGUCAAGAGAUCGAGACCAUCCUGGCCAACAUGGUGAAACCCCAUCCCUGCUAAAAAUACAAAAAUUAGCUGGGUGUGGUGGCAGAGCUAAUUUUUGCAGUGGGCAAAAUUAGCCCACUACUAAAAGUAGUGGGACCUGUAGUCCCAGCUACUUGGGAGGCUGAGGCAGGAGAAUUGCUUGAAACUGGAAGGUAAACGUUGCAGUGAGCUGAGAUCACGUCACUUCACUCCAGCCUGGGUGACAGAGUGAGACUCUGUCUCAAAGAAAAGAAAAGAAAAUCGAAUCUUAGUGCUCAAGGGUAGAAAGGAGUAUUUGAAAUGGGAUCUACACAUCAUUUCCGAAUAGGAAUUUUCUCUUCUGCUUUCAAGUUCCAAAUGCCUCUGCUUGAAUGCCUUCAAUGACCAGGAGCUCAUUAACAUGUUAGGUGGCUUCUAACGAAGAUGAGGGGACAUGAUGAAACCUCGUCUCUACCAAAAAUACAAAAAUUAGCCAGGCGUGAUGGCACACACACACACACACACACACACAGACGAGGGGAGUCUGCUUCCAUGAUUUCACGACUGUCUCUGGGGCCACACAGAGGAAAUCUGCAAACUGCUCCAAGACAGACUUGUGGAUCCUAAUUCCGUCACCCCUUGGAGUGAUAGGUCUGGGGCUUAAAUGACAAGCCAAGUUUAGCCUUCAUGAUGGCACAUGCAUGAAAUAUAUGCCACUUCCUACCCCUUUGGUACCUAAGGCAGAUAUACUGGGCUUGGAUGAAACCUUAGCAUCUUCCACAAUUCAGUUAUCCCAGCAGGCUCUGCUGAUUUAACCACAUGACACGGCACAUGAAACGAUAUCUGGCAUCCUACCAGUGGGAAGCCGCCCCAGGAAGCUCCGAGCUAUACAAUAGAAGAUCUGGAGAAAGAGCAUCUUGAAGGGCUCCUCACCAGUCUCCUUGUCUGCCCAUCCUGCUCUCCACCCCACCACUCCCCACCCUCCACUCUAGGCCCAGCUGCCCACCUAAACAGCCCAGUUUUCCAGAAGUAGGAACUAUAUUUUGGUCCCGGAACCUGACUGAGCUGCUUCUCUGGUUAUCUUUCCAGCUUCACACCACUGAGGCAGGCAAGGAUGGAUAUUUCCACUAGACGGAUGAGAAAACUGAGGCCCAGAGAGGGCAAUAAUAUCCAGAAUCAUACAGCAAAGUCAGUGCUGGAACUGGGACCCAAACACCGUCUAUGGCACUCCAGCCCUGAAGCCUUUCCAGCUACCUGUGUGCUUAUACCUUGGCCAGGGCACAGUCUCUGCGGGGUAUUUUAAAAGGGAGCUUGCCAGGUGCAGUGGCUCACACCUAUAAUCCCAGCAGUUUGGGACACUGAAGUGGAAGGAUCACUUGAGCCCAGGAGUUCAAGACCAGCUUGGGAAACAUAGGGAGAAACUAUCUUUACAAAAAAUAAGAAAAAUAUAGCUGGGUGUGGUGGUGCAUACUUGUAGACUCAGCUACUCAGGAGGCUAAGGUGGGAGGAUCAUUUGAGCCUGGAAGGUUGAGGCUGCAGUGAGGCAUGAUCACACCACUGCACUUCAGCCUGGGCAACAAAGACCCUGUCACAAAAGAUUUCUUUUUAAUAAAAUCAAAUUAAACAUGAGAUUGAGGGUCAGAAAGUGUCCCACCAAUACCCUAAAAGACAGACUUGUGAUCUGCCCGAUGGGAGGGCUUCUGUCAAGGGAGACAGACACUCCCCACUGAAAAUUAAUAAAAUUGGGUUUACACAUCA